AGAUAUUUGAACUUAGUGAAUGUACACUAGGUCGCGUUUGUUUAAAUUCGUGUAUAGGUUUUAUUUUUACGUGUUCGCAUGCGAAAUGAUGGCUUGCAUGUGGGAUGGUGAUAUGCACUAUAUGAUAAUAUGUGGUUUACGUUGUAUAUGAAUGCCUGUUUGUCACGAUGUAUAUGACUAUUGAAGGUGGGCGAGAUAUCUGUUUGAAGCGUGGUUGGAUUUCUUUUUAAAGUAAUGACUUGAUCGAUUUCUAUUUGCAGUUCAUGAAGUAAUAUUACUGUUCAGUAGGAUUUGAGGUUCUCACGGCGCAAUGACAAUGUGGCCAAUGUUACUUGAUAUGUCAAGAGAUGAAUGCAAACGCAUUCUCCGACGCUUGGAGUUAGAAGCGUACGGCAGUUUGGUUUCAGCUUUGCGAGCUCAAGGAGAACUCGGCAAGGAUAAGCGUAAACUUCUGCAAGACCUUGCCUUUACUCUCAAUAUUUCAAUGGAGAGGCAUAGGGCUGAAAUACGAAGAGCUGUAAAUGAUGAAAAAUUAGCCACCAUUGCUGAACACAUAGCUGGUCCAAAUACAUCAACAGAAUGGGCAAUUGAGGGACGAAGGUUAAUUCCAUUGAUGCCAAGAUUAGUUCCUCAGACAGCUUUUACAGCAUUAGCCAACAAUGUUGCCAAUAUUGCUGCAGCUGAAAAUGCUAAGCUCCCACCACCAGCAAAUACAAUAAAGAAGAAUUUGCCCAUUGAUGAGACUUGUGAAGUCAGUAUGUCUGAGGGAGCCAAAAUUCCUCAGCAGUCCAUAAGUCCCAUAGCUUCCAAUAUGUCAUCCAUUCAACAAAAGAAGGAUGAAGAAGACGAGAAAUCUAGGAAGAGACGUCGGUCAUCAUCUGUCGAAGGAUCAGGAAUUGUACAGCCUCCAUCCCCCACUCUUCCACCUCCUAAAGUGCCUAAUAUUUCUAUACAGCAGCAGCCACCCCCCGCAAGAACAGUUGCAUUUCCUAUGGGAGUGACUCCGGUGAAGAUAACUCUCACUACCACAAGUGGAAGAUCAGCUGUUACCACUACCACAUCAUCAUCCACAACACAAAAAGUCAUUAUAGUGUCAAGUUCAACAGCGGCUGGAUCACCUAGCAUUCUGCAGAGGUCGCUGAGUGUCCCUAUUGUGAAAACAGUGUCAGCAACUUGCUCAUCCAACACAGUAAGCCAACAGCCUCGGGGUGCGUCUCUUAUCAUAAAUAACCAGACAUCAUCUACUAUGGGAGCCCCUUUGCACCCAGGUCCUGGUGGAAUGGGAAACAUUGUGACUAUAUCCACGAAUCCAGAUAGUGGUGGUAACCUCACAGCAACUACAGUUUCUAUUGGUGGAAUUCCAACAACUGCAUAUAUCACAUCUCAGGGUGGUGUUCCGAAGAUCCGACCCAAAUCUGUUCAGUUACCUGCGAAACCUCGGCCUCGCUCUGGUUCCAUUGUUAUCCCUAUGACACCUAAUCAGUUGACAGGAGGACCUGGUGGAGUCACACAAACACUGACAAACCUCCCCAGUGUGCAGGGUGUGCAGCUGAAGACAGCUCUGCAUUCUUCAAAAUCAAGUUUACACAUCAAGCAGGAUUCCACUGGAAUGAAGAUAAUGCCUAUGUCAAGUGUAGGCAGUGCUACAAAAAUACUGCCAAAACCAAGUUUUAGCUCAAGUGGCCAAGCACCUGUUUAUGUAAUGAGCGCAACAACUGCCAGUGUUUCUAUGGUAACAAGGACUGUGCCAGCAAGUACUGCUCCUAGAAUAAUGACAGUAAACACCACAUCAUCUUCAGGGCCUUCUCCUCCAUCAUCCCAUAUUCGCCCAGCAGUUUCUACCACCUUCAUUACCAAAAACAACCCAAAACCUAUUCAGGCAAUGCAUAUCUCAGCUCAAAACUCUGGCAUUGCACGACCGGCUGGAGGGAAGCCUAAUGUUAUUGUGGUGCAGAAGGGUUCAGCCACUGGGUUUAGUAGAGGUGUAACUCUGUCUCAUGGAGGAAAAGAAGUUGUGGGCAAGGUAAUCAUGAGUAAGUCGCUUACCUCAGCAAAUCUGCCCUCAUCUCCUCUUACUACAGUGACUAUGCAGAAGCCAGCCACAGUUAUACAGUCCAGUGGCAGCAGUGGAAAUGGCCAGCAGGCACUCAACCUGCCAGUCUCGUCUACACAGGGAAAUGUGAUUGUUCUUGAUUUAAGUCAAGAACAGUUCGCCAAGAACUCUGUGUUAGCAGAAAUCCUUCAGGCCUCAGGUAUUCUCUCUGACAGUGGAAGCUCAUCUGAAAGUGCAACAAUCUCAAUGAGUGAAACACCAGCAAAAGCUGCAUCAUCAGAAUGGAUCCAAAUAGACACUGAAGAGAAACAUGCUCCCAUUGAGGUAGAAAUAAAUGAACCACCCAAGGAGGAAACAGCUCAGAACUCAGCACCGCCAUUGGAAGCCAUUUCAAAAGCACCUGUUGGAGAAAUGUCAUUACCUGUGGACAUGGCUGGAGGAAGAGUUGUCACUCUAGAGGAAGCGGUGGAACUGCUUGGUCAAUCGGGUACUGCAGAGACUAGAGUGCUGCUUAGUCAGGCUGGAAUUCAAGUUGCAGACACUGUGCCAACUUCCAGUACAGGCACUCCCACAGUACAAAAUGCUUGCAAUACUAACCUGCACCGGGUGGUCCAACAGGAUAUUGGUGAUUCUGGAAGUCAUGAAGUGAUGGAGGUGAUUGGUGAACUUGACCCUCAGACUGGAAUCUACUCUAUUCAUCAACCAGGAGCUGCAGCAGGUAGGGAAGCGAUUGAUUCUGGUAGAGACACUUCUAGUUCUGCAGUCAGGAUUGUGCCUACUUCCUCUGCAUCCAGCACGAUGGAUAUAUUCAGCACAGCUUUAGCUUCAGCUGACAUCAAUCUUGAUUCUUUUCAGUACAUAGAAGAUGGAAUGGAGCCAUCAGAAACAACAGACCAUGGCAGUAAUGGUGGAAUAUCAGAUUGCAGUCACCAGAGCAAACAGGUGUUGCACUAUACACAAUCUUCCAUGGUUGUGGAAUCUCUAAAUAAGCAAUCAAACCAACUGAAUGAGCAAGUUCUUGAAUCUGGUAUUGCUGACCACUUCAGCAGCUUCCUGCAGCCAGGGACAGGGGACAGCACUGCAGUUACGGUGGAGCCCAGCAACAUGGACACGUCUGGAAUGCACAUUGAAGAUUUUACCUCACAGAAAGUACAAGGACAAGAUAUUACUUAAUGAGUUGAAUAACUGUACCUGCCAACACCUUUUUUAUUGCACUGAUGAAGCAGACAAUAAUUUGAAGAUACUUGGAGGACAAGUUUCAUAAAGUUGCCACAUGUCAGUGAAAAUAAUUUAAGACCAGCAGAGAAUGCUACCAGGGGAGCAGCUUUCAUAGAUGAAGUAUAUUUUCAAGUUUAUAUGAUUUAGGACAGCAUUUAUAAUGAUGAAGAUCAGCAGAAUACAAAUUUUUAUAGAAGGUUUGAAUUUGGUACUGUAUGUGAAAAUUGCCAAAUUGUUGCUAGUUUUGUGUCUCAUCCCAGUAGAAGUUGGAUUUAGCAGGGCUGAUUCCUGUCUUAUCCCUCCUUUUUCUUCUCCUUGAAAAAUGACUAUGUAAUCCCGCAGAACCUCCUGUUUGCCUUGUGUCACAUAUUGACAAGGCUUAGAAACUUGUGUCAGGUGUACUUGCCAAACUAAAAAUUAACUACCACAGAUCUUGCCAGCUAUAGUAUUUUUCAGCGGAAUUGGCGGCUGAGUCGAGUUCUGCUCUUUGUGAGUGACCAAUCAGUGCAAAGAAGGUCUGUUGGUAAGCAGCUAGACCUCAGUCUGUUCAGGAACUGUGUGAUGGAAGCAUCAGCUGCCGCAUGCAUUGUUGCCAGUUCUCACAUCUUCUUUGCAUAGUGUUGUAAACAUUCACUGGAAACCAAUGAUCCACGAUGCUACAUCCGGCACCACUGUAUGUUGUUUCCUCACUUUCUCGCCCAUCCACCUCCCACCACUACUUCCUACCAUGGCACAGUUUAUGUGAUUGGUGCAUGCUUCAGCCGCCAAUUUGGUUGAAAACUGUUAUAAUUUCAUGUACUACCUACAAUAUAACACAUUUUAAAGACAUUAGAAAAACAAAUAUGCAAAGUUUGUUUUCCCUUUAAGACAGCAUGUAACAAAAAUCAAGCGCUUGAAAUUUCCUAAAUCCCAGACCAGAGGUAAUGUAAGCAUGCAGCUGGUGUCAUAAGUCCACUCAUUUGUAAUCUUGUAUUUGUCCAUAUGUGGAUUUUCUCUACUUUCCUUUAAUUAAAAUUAUUUAUGCCAGAUGUGUGUUAAUCAAAGACACCAGUAUGUGUACCUAAUUUGAAGAGGAUGUAAAUUAAUGAUAAUAAAAUGUUUAAACCAUGUCA